CGCGUGUGUUGUCAAUAAAGUUCUUUCUUUCAAAGUAGCCAAGAUGGCGGAAUACGAUCUCACAACCAAGAUAGCACAUUUUCUCGACCGGCAUUUAGUUUUCCCACUUCUGGAAUUCCUUGCUGUUAAAGGGAUCUACAAUGAAAAGGAGCUUCUCCAAGGCAAGCUGGACCUCCUCAGCGACACCAACAUGGUGGAUUUUGCCAUGGAUGUGUACAAGAACCUUUAUCCUGACAAGGAGAUCCCACAUUCCUUGAAGGAGAAGAGAGGCACAGUGGUGGCUCAACUCAAGCAGCUCCAGUCGGAUACGUUGCCCAUCGUCAAGAUAUUUGAGGCCCCCGAGACCACCAGUCAGAUGCAGUCGACCAGAGACGGGAGGAUGCUCUUCGAGUAUCUUACAGAGAAACACAAUUUCCGCCAAGAGUACCUGGACGCGCUGUACAGAUUUGCCAAGUUCCAGUAUGAGUGUGGAAAUUACUCGGGUGCAGCUGAGUACCUCUACUUCUUCCGUGUUUUGGUUCUGUCGACAGACAGGAAUGCUCUGAGUUCCCUGUGGGGCAAAUUGGCCUCUGAGAUCCUCAUGCAGAACUGGGAUAACGCCAUGGAUGAUCUGACACGACUCAGGGAGACUAUCGACAACAACUCUGUGAGCUCACCUCUCCAGUCGCUCCAGCAGAGGACCUGGCUCAUCCACUGGUCCCUCUUUGUGUUCUUCAAUCACCCCAAAGGCCGGGACAACAUCAUUGAGCUCUUCCUCUACCAGCCUCAGUACUUGAACGCCAUUCAGACCAUGUGCCCGCACAUCCUGCGCUACCUGACUACCGCCGUCAUCACCAACAAGGACGUGCGCAAGCGGCGACAAGUUCUUAAGGACUUGGUGAAGGUCAUUCAGCAGGAGUCGUACACGUACAAGGAUCCCAUCACGGAGUUUGUGGAGUGUCUCUACGUCAACUUUGAUUUUGACAGCGCCCAGAAGAAGUUGAGGGAGUGUGAAUCGGUCCUCAUCAAUGACUUCUUUCUGGUGGCGUGUCUGGAGGACUUCAUUGAGAACGCUCGACUCUUCAUCUUUGAGACCUUCUGCCGCAUCCAUCAGUGCAUCAGCAUCAACAUGCUGGCCGACAAGUUGAACAUGACCCCCGAGGACGCAGAGAGGUGGAUUGUCAAUCUGAUCCGCAACGCCCGACUGGACGCCAAGAUCGACUCCAAGCUGGGCCACGUGGUGAUGGGCAACAACGCCGUGUCACCCUACCAGCAAGUCAUUGAGAAGACUAAGAGCUUGUCCUUCCGUAGUCAAAUGCUGGCCAUGAACAUCGAGAAGAAGGUGGCUCACAGCAACAGGAAUGAGACGCCAAACUGGGCCGCUCAAGACUCUGGGUUCUACUAAAAAGGAAACAAGGAUGCUGGUGGCAUUCGGAAAAUAAUCACAUUUUUUCACAUGGAUUAAGCCGCCCGCCUGCUUUGGUUUCCUGCUCUUUUACAUGUCAAAUAGUCUGAAAGCAGUUAUCAUGACACCAAAAAAGUCAAACCACCAUUAAAACAUUGGAAAACAAA